AUGGCCAACUUCCUUGCUUCCAUUUUCGGUACCGAGCUUGACAAAGUCAACUGCUCUUUCUACUUUAAAAUCGGCGCUUGUCGUCACGGCGAUCGCUGCUCUCGAAAGCACGUCAAGCCUUCCUACAGUCAAACCAUUCUUAUGCCCAACCUGUACCAAAACCCGGCAUACGAUCCCAAGAACCGAAUGAACCCUUCUCAGCUCCAGAACCACUUCGAUGCCUUCUAUGAGGAUAUUUGGUGCGAGCUGUGCAAAUACGGCGAGCUUGAGGAGCUUGUCGUUUGCGAUAACAACAACGAUCACUUGAUCGGCAACGUCUACGCUCGCUUCAAGUACGAAGAGUCAGCCCAAAAGGCUUGCGACGAGCUCAACAGCCGAUGGUACGCCGCACGCCCGAUAUACUGUGAACUGAGCCCUGUCACCGAUUUCCGAGAAGCCUGUUGCCGAUUGAACUCCGGCGAAGGCUGUGUUCGAGGAGGAUUCUGCAACUUUAUCCACCGCAAGAACCCUAGCGACGAGCUCGAUCGCGACCUUACCCUCAGCACAAAGAAGUGGCUCAAGCAGCGCGGUCGUGAUGAGAGGAGUGUCUCUCGUUCACCUACACCUGAGCCUACAAGACGCCGCUUCUAG